AUGAAUAACUCCAUAAUUACUGAUGGUGAGGUUAGAGAUUUUUUUUUACACUGUUCUUCAGAGAUAAUCAUCGAAUCCCUCACCAGCUUGCAUGAAUCAUUGAGACUAUAUUCUCAAAAACAUGAAAUAUUGCCUAAUAGAAUAUUCAAACAACUGGACGGAAGCGAGGAAGAUUCGAAAAUAUCACACAUAUUUAUGCCUGUUGUAAGCAAAAACUUUUCAGGUAUAAAAAUAUUAGUCAAUAACAAUAACAAAAAUUUUCAGGGUGUAAUUAACCUUUUAGAGCCAAAAACAGGAAAAUUAGUUGGAUGUUUUGAAGCUAAACAAAUAACUGCUAUAAGAACUGCAUUAGUGUCAUGCAUUGGUUUAUAUAUGCAACUCUCAGAUCCUUAUCGUGAGUUAUUUUCAUUUGAAAAUGACACUUGUCAAUUAACCUGCUUUGGAACUGGUUUGCAAGCGUUUUGGCACAUAUAUAUUGCCAUCAAAUUAUUAGUAUCAGGAGCUGUUAAAAAGUCCUUAAAACUAAUCGAAAUAAACAUACUAUACCACAGGAACAUGAUGGACCUGGGUUGUUUGGAAUCACUGGGCAAGACCCUGGGGAGUGAUUUGAAAAUAACGUUUAAACAAUAUCAGAUGAAUGACAUAAGCUCAAAAGAUAAUGAUGUCGUUUCUAGUAGUGAUAUUAUUUUUGGUUGUUUACCUACUCUGGAACCAAACUUGUUUCUACAACAAUUGAUGAACACUAAAAAUUCUACUGCUCAGAAACAUACUUAUAUCUCGUUAAUUGGAAGUUACAAGCCAAUUAUGCAUGAGUGCGAUAAGGAGUUGAUCGAUGCGUUUAAAUCCAAAGGUGGAAAUGUUCGCAUUUUGGUGGACUCAAGGGAGCAUACUCUAUUGGAAUCUGGAGAACUGAUUGAUUCUAAAAUAACCCCCCGUGAUGUCAUAGAAAUUGGUGAACUAGAGUCUAUGGAAGAUAUCAUCCUAGAUUUGAAUGAAAGGAAUCGUAAGAGGACUAUCACGCUAUGUAAAAUUGUUGGGCUAGCAGUCAUGGAUGUAGCGCUUGCCAAGAAAUUUUUGAGUUUCGGAUCAAGAGAUAUAGCAGGCAAGAUAUAA